AUGAGUCUCUCACUCGAUUCAGCACCCAAAGCUGGACAACAAGAGUGGCUAUUGCUUCCUCGAGAUUUCGCUCAGGGAGACUCGUUUUUUGACGAUGUAAUGCACCAGUUCGACAAGAGACAAUCCCAGAUUCACAGCGAAACUAUACGCUCGCUAGAGUCUCAUUCCCUGCAAAGAUCCACGCCCUCUGUUCACGCUGAUUCACCUAAUCGAUGUGCUCAUGCUGCUGCGUCAAAUGAGGUUCAGGCAUCAGAGAAGGGGGUAGAGGGGCCAGGAAGACCCAUUAGCAAAGCCCAUGCCCAGGGCAGACGUCGAUCCUCAGCUGGAGACCUUUUACGUCGUUCAUCCGCUUUUUUGCGAGCCAAAUUGGACCAGUUUAGGGGAACGCGAUCCUACGAUGGCGCAGAAAACGAUCUUGACCAAUCCUCACCACGAUCGGUGUUCAGGGACGGCGGAUCCGCAACAUCCUUACCGCCACCAUCCAAAAUUGCCAUUAAUACUACCAUAUUUCUUCCACAAGGACACGGCCACUCCAUGCCCCAACUGCAACACCAUUUGAAUACAUUCCAACCUCCUGUUAUUAAAGAAUAUCCACCUAAACCGUUAAAGUAUUCUCCUGUUGAGCCCAUGACCGAUCUUCCGUCGCCACGAACCGUCCACCACCGUAUUUCGCUUCCUGUGUUGCGCCAUGUCAGAACUCAGGAAUUUCGGAAAAACCGGAGAAAAUCCGAUACGGAGGCAACACCUGCAGCUGAGAAGACAAGAAAGACAAGAAAACUAAGAGAUCAUGUUUAA